GAGAAGCGGGGCCAGCUGUGCACAACUUAAGUCACUGAAAGUCGCUUCGUUUCGCUUAUCUUUCUCCGACCAUUCACACAUAGAUAUAUGCAUAUAGCCGAUAGCCGUUUUUGAUUUCUUGAUACAGCUUGUGUGUAUUUCAUACCAGCUGUAUAUGGGAUUUUUUUCAAUAUGGGAAAAACAGAUUUUAAAUUAUCUCUUUUAAGGUUUUUGCCCUGGGUUUUGAGGACAGCCGCUUCAUUUUGAUGCCGUCAUUUCUAGUUUAUCGGGAAGCUGUUUUUCAUUUUUAUUUUUGAAGUAUUCCUAUCAGUUGACAUUUUCGAUGCUUUCUUACCUGUGACUGACAGAAAAUGGAGGCUGUGUUUGAGAGGGAGUGCGGUGCGCUUGGGGGGCUUUUCCACACCGUUAUCAGCGACAUGAAGAGCAGCUACCCUGUCUGGGAGGACUUCAUCAGCAAGGCUGGCAAGUUUCAGUCCCAGCUCAGGACCACUGUGGUGGCAGCUGCAGCAUUCCUGGAUGCCCUGCAGAAGGUGGCUGACUUAGCCAUGGGCGCGCGAGGCGGCACCAGGGACAUCGGCUCCGCUCUCACCAGGAGGAGCAUAGAGGCCAGGCUGCGGAAGUUCUCAGCGUCUUUCAUAGACUGCCUGAUCAUCCCGCUCCAAGAUCAGAUGGAAGAGUGGAAAAGGGGAGUUAACACUCUGGAUAAAGACCACGCCAAGGACUAUAAGAAAGCGCGGCAGGAAAUCCGCAGAAUAUCCUCUGAGACGCAGAAGCUGCAGAAGAAGGCAAAGAAAGGGAAGGGGGACCUCCGGCUGCAGAGGGGCGGAGCCAUGCAGGGCGUGAGCAACAAGUACCUGGUGCUGGAGGAGACGGAGACGCAGGCCCUGCGGAAGGCGCUGCAGGAGGAGAGGGGGCGCUUCUGCACCUUCGUGUCCAUGCUGCAGCCCGUGCUGGACGAGGAGAUCGCCAUGCUGGGGGAGAUCACCCACCUGCAGGCCAUCACCGACGACCUCAAAGUGCUUACUGUGGACCCCCACAAGCUGCCUCCGGCCAGCGAGCAGGUUAUUCUUGACCUGAAAGGCUCAGAUUACACCUGGUCCCGUCAGACCCCCCCGCCGUCUCCCAGUAUCGGGUCCCGGAAGUCCAGCAUGUGCAGCAGUCUGAACAGCGUGAACAGCAGCGACUCGCGUUCCCCGUCUGCACUGUACUGCCACCGGGGCGGCGCCGUCCCCCUGCAGCCCUCAGGCCGCCUUUACAGCGUCUCAUCCCAGGACUCGGGCUUUGUGUCCCAGGAUGCCUUCCCGUCCAAGUCGCCCUCCCCCAUGCCCCCAGAGGCUGUCUCACAGAUGUACCCCAGCCCCAUUUCCCCAGAACUCCCCGGAACCCCCCAGGCUGUCAGUGAGGGUGACCCCCUCACCCCAGCGGAGAAGCCAGGCAGAUGCCAUCGCUACCCUCCCACCACCCCACCACACCCGCCCGAGAAAGGAGAUCCUGAGCCUCAUUUCCCUGUCCCUCCCCCUUCCUCUGCCUCCUCCCCCUUGUGGGCGUGGCCUGGUCCCUGCCACGCCCCUCUCCCCUCCUAUACUCCCUUCUGCCCGCUGGGUCCUGGCAUGAUCCCGUCCACCAGGGUGCCCAGCUGGAAGGACUGGGCCAAGCCGGGCCCAUACGACCAGCCCAUGGUGAACACCUUAAAGAAACCCAAACGGACCCCGGAGCAGGCUGAAACGCGCCGAGCCGUCUCUCAGAGUGGUGGUGUCCCCCCUCUCAGGGACACCAGGGCCCUGACUGCGUCUGGCACCGACAAGGAGGAGAUACAGGCCCACCAGGAGCUGGCCCUGAGCCUGGCCCGAGGGCUGCCCCCCGACCCCCAGGGCUCCGGCUCCAGUGGAUACAGCAGCCAGAGCCCGACCCCCUGCAGCUCGGAGGACGCCCUCCCUUCAGAGGUUUCCGACUGUGACUAUUUCUCGAUUGGCGGAGAACAGGAAGUGGAUGGGCGGGACUUCGAGAAGUGCUCCACCAUCCUGCGUAAUGGUGACAUCAGCCAGUCCUACAUCCGUGUGACCCAGGCCCGACGCCCCCCCUCCACAGGAGGCUCCGCCCACCCCACCCCGGGAGUGGCCACCAUCCGCAGAACACCCUCCACUAAGACCCCUGGGAGGCGGCCCGUCGGGGUGUCUGCCAUUCCAGUGAGGACCCCCUCGGUGCCGGAUUCGGCGGGGGGCAUGUCCUAUGGCAUUGCAGGGGGGGCGGGCCUGGGGGCAGACUCAGUUGCAUCUCAGGGACACGACAUACUCCUGGCCAUCCGCCAGGGGGUCAGGCUGAAGAAGACGAUGACCAAUGACAAGUCGACACCGCAUGUCACUUAAAGCCACGGCGUGACAGAGAGUGUGACGCCCUUCAACACACCGAGCAGGGUGUCAUCAGCCAAUCACAGGGGGGGAUGAUAUUUCUAUUUGUGUAAGUUAUAUAUGAAUUUUCAGGAAUGUGUAUAUACUUUGAGACAUUUAAGUUAUGCUUGAUUCUCUCGUUUUGUCUCUACACCCUAUUCUGUUGUCAACAAGGCCUUGACCUUGUUUAUUUGCUUAGUGUGUUGUUGAACUUUAUGUGAAAGUUUUAAAGGAGACCUUAUUUUGCAGUUAACACUCUACGGUCUGACAGUCUUGUUCUUUAAUAAUCAUACUGCCACAUAGUUUGGGUGUGAGUAUAAGGAUCACUGAGCGAUAUUAUAGAUAAGAGACUGAACAAAAACUCAAAUACAGGGAACUGCUAGCUCUAAUGAGGUUUAAGCGAGAGGAACGACUGUAAACUUUCCAGGUUUAAUGAUACAGAGUGCAUGUGAAUUUGAGUCCCCUGUUGAUGAUGUCAUGUAAGCUGUCUGUAAAGUUGAAAUGUUGGUUAUAGUGCACUUACAGUGUAUGUCUGGAACUUAAUGUCACCGUUAAAUACCAUCUUGUAUUUCCAUACAAUGUCACACUUUUUACAUGCUAGAUGUGAUAAAGUUUUACUUUUGCAGCUCCUCCUAAGCUCCUCAGGCUGUAUAUCUCCUUCCUCUGUAGAAUAAUGUUGUGAUUCAGUCUUUAUUAAACAUACAUGCUAUA